CCGUGAUGGAUGUCUACAGCAGUAAUAAUGUUCUUCAGGCCAGAAGAACUGUGGAGCAGCUGAGACUGGAGACAGACCUACAGAGGAUCAAGAUUUCUGCAGCAGCGGAGCAGUUGGUUCAGUAUUGUCAGGAACACAGGAGAGGUGAUCCACUGCUUACCGGCAUCGCUGCCUCCUCCAACCCAUUCAAAGACAAGAAGACAUGUGUGCUGCUGUGAACAACAUGUCACAACUACUGUACGAACACAGAAACAAACUGCAAUCAAGGAAUUUUACCAAGCUGGACUUUUACCAAGCUGGUCUUGCUUCCCAAAGAGACAUUUUUAUUUGCAGUGUUACAUUACAUUUUAAUGAUCAAAAUGUACAUUCAUAAAGCAUUUAAAAAGAAACAAAAUAGGCAUUUAAUCAACAUUGACUUUUGAUCACAGGAUGUUCAGUCAGUCACAAAACAAUACAUCAGCAAUAUCUCUGCAUUAGUUAUAAAUAAUUAAUAAUAAUAAUAAUAAUAAAUAUGUAUGCUUUAAAUUAGGCUAUUUAGUAUUUAAUUUGUUAGGUUCUUAAAAUGUCCACUUAUAGAGCAUCAUAUAGUACAUUUUGAAAGCAUGGUGGCACAUUUGUAAACACAAUUUACUUCCAAAUGAACUUUGAAAGAUAACAGUGUUAUUUCUGGUGUGAUUUGUAUAUUUUUUUUUUUUUUUUACAAAUGGUCUUGUUCUUGUACCCAUGUAACUAUUUUACUGUAUUUUACAAUAGAUGUGCUUUUCUAUUUGUCGCGUUGUGUUCUCAAGUAUAUGAUUAAUUCUAACAAAAUCUUCAGUCUUCAUCUUUUUAAGCUUUCAAGAAAUAACUUUGUGAUCCCACAAAGUCAGAUUAAAAACACAAUAAACCAGUUUGAGAAGACAAGAGUUGUGGUGUUACUGAGUUUAUGAGGCACUGAAAUGUUAGCACUUUGUCUGUGCUGUCGCCAAUCACAGUGAAUGGCGUGGAAUUAUGAGAAAAAAGGAAUGUCAGAUUUGGUGUUUUUAGGAACUAUAGUGCCCUGAUCCCGCCAUGGAAUAAAAAAAUCUAAUAAAAAAGUUAAUUCUGACUUUAUAUCUCAACUUUAUUUCUCACAAUGUGACUAUUUCUCAUAAUUGCAACUUUAUGUCGUUUAUAUCUUGUAAUUGCGACUCGCCUAAUUGCGACUUUUUUCUACAAUUGUGACUUUAUUUCUCGAAAUUGCAACUUUAUAUUGCAAAACUGUAAUAUCGUUUCCUGUCAUUUCACUUUAAUUCUAAAAAUGUUGACUUUAUUUCCUGUCAUUGUGACUUCAUUUCUAAACAAUUUGACUUUAUUUCCUGUAAUUGUGACUUUAUUUC